UAGAAUAGUUGUAACAUUAACUGGAAAUGGAAGGUUGUCAUUGGGGAGAAGCAGCCUUUGUAAAUUCAGUCUAAUUCUUGUUAAAUCCAUACAAGUGACACUAUUGACAUUGCUGGUGUCAUUUGUUUAUGUGCACACAGGCCAUCGUGUAUGAAUGCAAAUUUAAUGAAGACCAAGGGGUUAAGCCAAAGGCUUCAUAGGAAAAGAAGCAUCGUCACAAGGGAAAACCAACAUGGCAGUGGACAACCAGCUCCUCAACGACUCCUGCUCCAAUAGCUCAGCUCCCGUUUUCACAGGCCUGGACCUUCUCUUUGAACUGAAGCCACUCUUCAUUCCUCUCUACGCCAUCCUGGUGACGGUGGCCUGCACGGGGAACUUUCUCCUCCUCCUCCUCAUUGGUACCACCAAAAAGUUGCACUGCACCACCAAUUUCCUCAUUGGGAACUUGGCAGCCGCCGAUCUGAUCAUGUGCAUUUUCUGUGUCCCGCUGACUGCCUCGUACGCGUUUGAGAUUCGCGGCUGGCUCUUUGGGAUGUUCAUGUGCUACUUUGUCACCCUCAUGCAAGUGGCCACUGUGUUUGUGUCCGUCCUCUCCCUCACUGCUAUCGCUGUGGACCGGUAUAUUGUCAUCGCUUACCCCAUUCGCAAAAGGGUCAGAUGCAAGUCCUGUGCCUACAUUGUGGCCUUCAUUUGGUUGCUCUCUAUCGUGGUCUCAGUCCCCACAUCCAUGCACACCCAUUACCUGGAUCUCAACAGCAUUGGCCAUGACAUGAUCAUCUGCGAAGAAUUCUGGAAGCACCACAAGACCGAGAGGUGGCUGUACUCUUGCUUGAUGCUCCUCUUGUCCUACAUGCUCCCGCUCUCUGCUGUCUCCAUCUCCUACUGCGCCAUUACUUAUCGCCUCCGGAACAGGAGCGUCCCAGGGGCUGCCUACCACGGCCAAGAGAAAUGGACUAAAAAGAAGCAAAAGACUUUCCGGAUCCUCGUCAUCUCUGUCAUGUGCUUUGCUUGUUGCUGGCUCCCUCUUCAGGUGGUUAAUCUGAUCAUAGAUAUAGACGAGGAGUUUGUCGUCCUAGACAAGAGAUAUGUCAACGUCAUUCAAGUGUCCUGUCAUGUGGUCGCCAUGAGUUCUGCGUGCUUCAAUCCGUUCAUCUAUGCCUCCCUCCACAACAAGUUCCGACUCCACAUUAGCAACUACUUUCAUCAAAGGAAGAGGUCAAGCACCAUGUGCCGCAAGGCUUCCCGGCUGAAUACCUGCUCCACUUUGGCAGAUCAUCCUGUGGGCCACAGUGAAAAAAUAGCGCUGCAAGAGAAGUUUCCUUUUAGCUCAAACCCAGCAGCCCUACAAAUAUAAAAAGAGCCAAUCUACU